AUGGCACGCAGCUCUGUUCUGCCUCUCCUUUUGGUGGCUGCUCUCUUUGUGAUGCCGGCUUUUGUGCCUUCCGCAGCACCCCGCAGUGCUCCCAAUGCAGCAGCGGCAUCUGCUGCAGCGGGCAUGCUGCCGUUGCUUGUGGUGCAGCCAGCCCUGGCCGAGGACUACAUGAUGCCUCCCAGCUGGCCAUUCCUGCUGAUCUUCGUUGUUCUGGCAAGAGCAGGGCUUGGUGCGACAUCCGCAGGGAUGGAUCUAGCUGCUAUUUCUGCCAAUGCGUUGGAUCCGGAUGAUCCUUCCAUCAAGGGCCGAAGUUGGGAAGCUGUGGAGAAGGCCUUGAAGCAACGAGACGCCUAUGUUGCAUCACUAAAUGGCUACGACAUCGACACCACUGAACCACGGGGUCCCAGCUUUGAGGAGCCGUGCAAUCCUUUGUACAGCACCUUUCCAUGGGAAGAGAAGGUAGAUGGCUUUGACAAGCCAGCCUCGUGCAAUUACAAGAAUUGGAGACAUCAAUGCCUGAAGUAUAAGAUUGGCACCCAAUGUGCCACGCUGCAGAUGGAUUCAGGCGACGGCGAGAAUGGCCUCAACCCAGCUAUGCUGGAUGCAUUUCAAGAUGCCAUCAUGGAUCUGCAGGACAGGACAGAUGUCAGGGUAGUCCUGUUAAAGUCCACAGGGAAAUUCUUUUCCAACGGCUUUGACCCAAAGCAUCUCCUUGCGGAGUCCACCAUGUCUGACGAGGCCAUCAUUGCAUUUCAGAUUCAGUAUGCCAAGGUCCUUUACUUCUUGCAGAGGUUGCAGCAGUUGACUGUCGCUGUACUUCAGGGCACAGCGAUGGGUGCUGGCAUUGGCCUGGUGUGCGCUUGUGACUAUGUAAUUUCAGUUAAAGGUGCCUUCUUCACCAUGAGCGAAGCAAAGCUUGGAGCAGUUCCCUCUGCAGCAUUGCCGUACAUCACAAGGCGGUGCACUUUCAUCAAGAAUGUGUAUCAGUUGGUUUUGGCUGGUGCCAGAAUAAAUGCAGAGGUUGCAGAGGAAUAUGGAUUUGUUGACAAGGUUGUAGACGAGGCAAAAGAUCUCGAGGUUGAAAGCCAAGCGGUAUGCGAUCGGAUGACGCUUUGUGCGCCUGGUGCUGUGGCUGCCACCAAAGAAGUUGUCAUGAAUACUGUGGGUGUGCCACCCUCCUCUUUCAUGAUGAACUAUGUGGCCAGCAUCGUGGCUGAUAUCCGCAAAGGCCCGGAGAGCAAGGCCGGCAUGGAGGCAGUUCAGAGCAAAUCUCGUCCAAAAUGGGCAGACACCGCAAUUGCGCCGUGA